UCAACAUCUUUUCCUCAAGAAAGAAACUAAUUAAGUGUAAAGAAGCAAGAUUUCUAACAGAUCAAAUUAGAAGUCGAAAUGAUUCUGAAAAUAUCAUUAAUAAUGCUGUGUAUGGUAUUUGGUAAUUGUGAUGUACAUACUUCUAUACAACAAUUGAAGUUACUAUAUAAUGGAGAGGGUGAACUCCUAGCAGCUUUACAAAUGUUCUUGAGGGAAACUGAUGCAAGAAAUAUUGCAGAUCUCCAAGAAUUGAAUGUUGAGCUGAAGACUGUGCAUCACCAGGGUUACGGGCAACCAGACUUCAUGUUAAAUCCCAUCAAUCAAUUUAGAGCAAUACGGCGCUUUAAAAGAACUUGGGAAGGCAUUGUUGAAAGAUUAGAAGUUAUACAUGAUGGUGCAGCCAAAGAAUUUUUGAAAAUUGCCGAGCGGUUAAGAGAACUGUCAAUUUGGCCCGAUGAAGAUGAUAUUACUGGGGCUUCUGUUUCAAUUGAGCGUCUACGUAAUGUUUACAACAUUAUGAUUUAUAACUUAAUCAAUGGACAAAUAUACAAUUUCAAAACAAGUCCAAUGGCUAUAGAUGAAGUGUAUGAAAUAGCUGAGCAAUUGUACAACGAGGAAGAUUAUUACGGUGCAUCAUCUUGGUUAGAGGUCCUGAUUAAGAUGCUUGAUCGAACACACCAAGACCAGAGAGCAGUGCUAGAAAAGUCCUUGAAGUUACUGUCUUCCUGUCAUUACAGGGAAGGAUCACUGAAGUCUAGUGUUGAUUAUAUGGAGCAACUUAAUGACUUGGUACCAAAUGAUAAAUCCAUAUACGCAACUUUAAAGAAGUAUAAAUCAACUUUACAAAAUUCAGAAGCGAAAGCAGAUAAGAUAGUUCGACCUUCGGAUCCAUUGAACAAAUUUAGGGAUACAUACGAAGCAUUGUGUAGAAGAAAUAUCAAAACGCCACGAGAACUGUCUAAAUUGUACUGCUAUUUGAAGAAAACGCCGAUUCCUUUCCUCCCAGCUAAAAAGGAAAUUGCAAAUCUACAUCCGAAGAUAUCGCUCUUCCAUGAUGUUAUAUUCGAUGGUGAAAUUGAACAGAUAAAAGCAUUGGCAUUACCUAGUCUUCAGAGAUCAAAAACAUUUGCUGGACAAAAAGGGGACAAGAGAAGGAUUAGUCAAACUGCAUGGUUGACUAAUAUUAUGGACAAAAUAGUAAAGAAAAUUAGUGAAAGGGUCGAACAAGUGACUGGUUUGAGUACUUGGCAGUGUUGGGACUUACCUGAACAACAGAGGCCAUCGUGCUCUACUGCUCAUUGUGAGGACCUACAGGUGCUCAGCUAUGGUAUUGGUGGAAAUUAUGAUGUCCACCACGAUGCUUUAAGGGGAAAUGAUGUCACUGCAUUCAACUUGCAUUCUGGGGACAGGAUGGCUACGUGGAUGUUUUAUUUAACUGAUGUCAUUGCCGGGGGUGCUACGGUGUUUCCUAUUCCACGAGCAAGAGUACCAGCAAUAAAGGGUGCAGCCGCGUUCUGGUUUAACCUACACAGAAAUGGGGACGAAGACUCGAGGACGUACCAUGCUGGUUGUCCUGUUCUGUUAGGAGAAAAAUGGGUGGCCAACAAAUGGAUAAGAGAAACUGGACAUGAGUUUUCAAGGAAAUGUUCUACAGACCCUUCACGCUGAGCUCAAAAAAUGUUGCUAGAUUUUGAUUGAAAUUUUUUAUAU